AUGCCGAAAAAACGGUAUUCAGCUGAGGAAGUAUUUUCAGCCGUGCUGGACGACGAUGGAUCGGAUUUAGAACCAGAAAUAAAUGCAGACAAAAUAGGUUUAGGCUUAGGCCUAGACGAUGUAGGCCUAGAGGAAAUGGAUAUUGACGAUGACUUGCUCUCGAAUAGUGAUGACCAAAGUGAUGAAGAUGCAGAUAGGCCUAGGCCUAUGUCUGGGCCUGACGAUCCUCCGGAUCAGAACAACGAUGAAUUUUACCUGCAGGAUACCAAGAGCAGCAAUGGUACAUUUGUGAACAACCAACGUCUCAGUAAAGGCUCGGAAGAAAGUUUACCGAAAGAGAUAAAUUCCGGCGACAUUAUACAAUUUGGAGUAGAUGUCAUGGAGAAUAAAGGAGCAAGGGGAGUCAUUACCCAUGGCUGCAUUGUAGCCACUCUGACACUGUAUCUCCCAGAUGGCAGGGAAGCUAUACGUAGUCCAAAUGUGAUAGCAGUAAAUCCCUACAGUGAGCUGACCCUAGCCAACAGUACUGUCAAAUCUCAGGACCUUUUUCAAAUUGCAGAGUAUCUGAAGGAAGCUUUACACAGGGAACAGAUGUUGGAGCAGAAAUUAGUGAUGCUACAGAGAGUGGUGAGGAACACUCAAGACGCAUCGGAGAGCAGUUGGCAGGCUCUCAUCGAUGAAGAGCGAUUACUAUCACGUUUAGAGUUGCUUGAAAACCAGCUAUAUGUCUACUCCAAGGCAAAUACCGAGGAUAAGAUCAGGAAGGAAGUUGUUGCACUUCAGGAGGAUAAAUUCAACUACGAAAGCACAGCCAAGGAUACCCUCAAGAGGGCGCUAGAGGAGAAACUUGAAGCUGUACAGAAACUAGCCAAUGUAGAAAAAUUAUUAAGUAAUUCUGAAGAUGAACUAAGUAAUGCUAAGGAAAAUUACGAUAAGUUGAAAGAAGAAUUAAAUGGUGUCUAUGAUAAACAUGCAAACGUGUUGAAAACGUUGCAAGAACUCACAGAGAAAAACCAAGAGACUGAUAAUAAGCACAAAGAGGACAUACAAAAAGUGAAUCUUGAAAAAGUUGAACUGGAAAAAAGAAUAAGAGAACUAAUUAAAGAAGGAAACAUGUUAGAGGUGAAAAUUGAAGAGUUGGAGGCAGAGAAUGACUUCACUCGGGAACAGCUUGCAGCAUUACAAUUACGGGCUGUCGAAACAUCCCAGACACAAGAAAUAAAGACAGAUCUAGUGGAAUCUAAGACAAAUGGUACAAGUUCACCGACCCCUGUUGUCCCAACAGUUAAUGGAAACCCAGAUAUGAAUAAUGAUACAUCAGAAAUAGAUCAAAUCCUUGAUGACUUUGAUUUGCAUCUAGACAAUGAGGUGAAGAGGAUGGAUGAUGAUGACACAGACACGCCUAAAGACUCACCUGAAGACAUGGAUGAUGAUGACCUUAUAACUAUCAUAGAUGACAGAUAUCGGCAAGAAGUUUUAGUGAAUCAAAAGAACACAACACUACGACCUGUGGACCAAGCCACAAAUAAAGACCAAAAAUAUGAUGAUAAAAAUCACAUAGCAGACACUACCCAGGAGGAAAUUACAAAAUACAAAGCUGAAAUAUUAGCCUCUGAAUCCAGAGUAAAAGAGAAGCAGGAUAAGAUUGAUCAACUAACUGCAACAUUACAGAGACUUAAAAUAGAAUCUAUUGAAAGUAUAACAGAAUGUAAUGCACUGAAAGAAACAAUUAAAGAAAUGGAAAAGGAGAGAAUCAAGUUAACAGAAUUUCCUGAUCAACCACCAGCAGUGGAUGUAGUGGAAGAUAACCUUUUAUUAGCAAUUCAGAAUCAUGUUGGAGAGAGUCAAGAGGCGAAGAAUUCAAGAAAGGAGUUAGAAAUCAGCAAUAAUGAGGUUAAAAUGUUAAGAGGAAAGCUACAGACAUCAGAAUCACAAGUCAAGUGUCUUCAAGAAGAGUUAUCAAAAUUGAAAGAUGACCUAGCCAAAGAUUCCAGAGGGAAGACUGAAGCCAGGGAUAUGCAGUCUCUUAGUAAGCAGUUGUCAUCUGCUCAAAAGCAGGUUCGGGAUGGUGACCUCCAAGUAGCUAAGUUGAAAGAACAACUUAGCAAGCUUGAAUCAGAGAAAAAGAUUUGCAAAAACAAGGUUAGUGAGCUGACAGACCAGUUGGCGAAGGAGCAGAAAGCAUCCAAGACGCACCAUACCCAAGCAGGACAGAUGAUUGAUAAUCUCAAUUCUGAAGUACAACUCUCCAAGAAGAAAGAUGCCCAGAUUGAUGAAAUGAAAAAGCAACUUACUGAAUCACAGCGAUUAUUAAAAAGCAGUUCAAGUGAAGUUGAAGAUUUUAAAAAGCAAAUACGCAAAUUAACAAGUGAGUUGGAAAAGGAGAAACAGGAACGUAGUAGAGUAUAUGCUGAUAUGCCACCAACUACUCCUGUUAGUCCCACACUGGAUGACCCCUUGAAACUUAAAAAGUCUGAAAAAGAAAGGAAGAAAGGCUGCAAAGAUGAUGAUGAUACCACGCAAGAUGUUGACCCUGACAAUUCAGGCGAUCCAUCAACACUGCGAGAGGAGUGUGCUGGUCUAAGACGGCGGUUACAAUCUGUAGAUGCUGAACUCAGGAAAACUCGUAAAGACAAUGCGAUCUUGAACCAGGAUGUUCGAAGACUCCAAACUUCACUGAAGGAUUUAGAUCAGCAGAAAAAAGAUCUUUCAGAUAAAGAGGUUGUAGUCAAGUCCAAGGUGCAACAUGCAAAGGUCGAGGUGACUAGUGCAAAAACUGAGCUUUCGAAAGCAAAAGGAGAUUUGACAGAUGUACAGCAGGAGCUGCAUGUACAUAGGGAAGAAAACAAGAAACUUAAAGCAGAACUUCUUAAACUGAAAACACUUUCUGGAAAUGGAGCUACAGGUCCAUACAUGACGUAUUUACCAGUUGUUGUCAUCCUCAUUGCUAUAGCAACCGCAGUCUUUCAGUUGUUUUAUGCUUUCAGUGCACCAGUAUGACAGUGGUGAUGUUGAUGCCAAAACUGUUGAGGAAAUCUUACAUGUAAACUUAAUGUAAAGGAUAUAUGAUAAAUAUAAGUAGUAGUCUACUGCAAUAAAACCUAUGUAUACAGCAUUACCAUGACUAUAGAUAGCAAGCAGGGAAAUGAUGUUUGAGGUGAAAUAAGUUACUGUGGAUGUUGACAGCCUCAUAGAUGUUAACCCAGAGCUAUAAGAUGAUGUUGCAUCGCAAAUGAACAGUGCCACCUCUUGUUAUUUUGAGCUUCAACUUGCUUAUUAUUUACAACGAAUGGCAUCUGGGUUGUCAAGACGCUGUCUUGGACAGAGGACGCACUCCACCAGCCGGAUUUUCUACCAUUGAAAUCAAAAACAAUCUGGAGUAGGAAAUUUAUUAAGAUUUAGUCUAUGGAAACAUCCAUGCAAUUGGAUGUGUUGAAUCAUCCAUUAAGAAGAUAUAUCCUUAGUAUGGUAACAUAAAGACUGUGGAAGCAUAAGUUCCUUGGUAGUGCAAUGUGCUAUAGGAACAUUUUAAUUAUAGUAACUCUAGGAGGUAUGAUAUGGCAGGUGGGAUAAUUUUAUGCUGGAAUCUUAACAGAGAUUGGGCCCAGCUUAAUGAGGAAACAAAGAACUGUGGUAUUAAAGCAACUAUGACAACAUAGGUAACAAUAUUAAUAUGACUUUUAGGGAAACAAAACUACCUUACGGUAACAUGAGUAACGUAUGGUAACAUAAUAAAAUAGUUGAAAUUAUUCAGAUAAUCUUCUUUGGAGAUUAUUAUGAAUAUAUAAUGGUUUAAAAUUAGUUGUUGUUGGGUGUUAUCAAGGAUUUCUUAAUGACAAUAAAUUAAAAGUGAGAUAGCUGCCCUACACACAGCAAUAUGCAUCUGUUACUCAAUCCAUUAUUUUCCCAGGUGUAUUAUGUGCGUUCAUGGGUGGGUAUGUGUGUGCGUGUGUGUCAGUGUGUGUAUUACUGCUUUCCUAGGAUGAUGCGAGUUGCUCCUUUGUUGAAAUGAUAAGUCUGUUCAUUUUACCCUGACAAGUACCAAAUCAACUGAUCUCACUUUAAAAAAAAAGCCUUAUCCUGUAACAUCACCUCACAAGCUUCCUAAGUAUUGUACUUAGCUACUGGUUUCCUUUAGCAUACUGUAAAUGGGUUGAUCAACUUGUUAUCAGUGCCAUUCUCUACAUUUAUGGUUUUUUUCAGCGAAGUAAAUUGCUUCCUGCUGUUGAAAAUAGAUUGACAUUGACAAACUGUGCAUACAUGUGACCUCAGUGAUCAACCAUGUGACAUAGGCCUGCUAUCACAUAUAUUGGCAAAAGUGUGUCUCUCAGGACUGAAAUUCAAUUGUCUAUCCGCACUAAAUUCAUGUGAAUUGCGCAUAUAUGUUCUUUAUAAGGUCAUAUCACAUCCAUAUGUGAUGUCUUAUCACAUGUAUAUAUUGCCAUUAUGAUGUCAUAUACCCAUAUAUGGGCCUGAUGAUGUCACAUGGGCAAGGGCCAUUGUCAAUUUGAGUCUGGAUAGUGCAUUGGGUUCUUUCGUUUAAAAAAAGGUCAGUUUUAAUUAAUUAUUAAUUAAUUAAUAACGUAUAUGCUCAGUGGGAAUCAGGAAUGUUAACUCCUUCAAAGUUACCCAACCUGCUUUUACUUAACCAUGCUUAUAUAAAGCUAGUAAUAUUUCUGAGAUGAUGGUACAAAGGUUAGUAUAUAUUAUUACCAGAGAUUGUAUAGCUGUAAAAAUAACGAUUAUUAUGUUACUGUCUUACAUUUUAGACGGUCAUUCAAAAUGUUUUGCAACAUGUUUGCGAUAAUGGGUCUUUAGCGCUUUCCUAAUAUGUUUCAACUUGUGUAUACGUAAAAGAAUUAAUGUGUUAAUUCUGAAUAGGCUUGAAGUAAUCUUUAAGGUUGGUUAUUUCUUAAAUAAAGAUCUAUUAGUAAAUUAUCUAUGUAUUUCAUUUUGUUUUCCAUAAACUAAACUUAUUUUCUAAAUUCAAGGAUCGAUUGGCUCUUGUGAAGCAAAUUGUUGGUUUCUCUUCUAUUUAUUAUUUUCUUAGUAGAAUUAAAAUUUGACUGGAAGCAAAUGCAUCUUGUAAAUGUGUUGGGUGGAAUUGACCAGGGGAGUAUGUAUAGGGCUACUGUCUUCAGAAUUUAACUCUAAAACUUGACAGGCUUUUGUUUGGUCAUCCAUAAUUUAAAUAUCAUAACUGAACAUUUCAAAUAUUAUUUUGUUAUGAUUACUACAUUCAGUUGAAAAUUUCUAUUUUCUUUAUCCUAAUUAUAUAUAGUAACUGUUUUUAUAUAAAUCUCAUACACAUUAUCAUUGUAUGUAAUAAAGAGGUGCAGAUUAUGUGAAUACAUGUGUUACAUUCCUGAAUAUAACCUCCUUAUGCAAUGUUGCAUUAUGUUAUUUCAUCCCUUAUUUUUUUAAUUUAACUGCUUUAAUAUUAUGUUAAUUGAUGCGUAUCCUUUUCUAUUAAUUUGUUUUUAUGUUUUUUUAAGACUGUAUAUUUCAUUGAAUGUUUUUCUUUCUCGUAAAUUCUGAUUUUUACUCAAGUACAGUAACAGAACGUGAUCGAAGUUAAAAUGUGCUCUGACACUCUCAUGAUUUGAUUAUUAGGCCUAUUUGCGCCAUGUAUUGAAACUACAUCAUAGAAUCACUGGUUUUUCUUCUACCUUCUGUUACUGCUAUUCAGUGAAAAUUAGUCAUAACCCAUCUUCUGCGAAGUUGCAGUGAACUGACACAUAUUUUCAUAAUUAGACUUCUCAAUAAAAUAAUAGUGUGAUAAUUA